AUCAUCUGAUUCAACAGUGAGAACAGCCAAACUUGCGCUCUUCGUGGGUCUCCCGUGGAACUGGAUUACUUGAACUGGGGAAAGCGCCGAGCAAAUCCAAGCAUUGACAUAAAGGCAGAAAGACUGGAGAUUGAAGGCGGAUAAGGACGGUGAUUAGCGGCCAAGUUCUUCGAUUUCGGCUCGAUCGGAACAUACUGCAAUAUGGACCCAGAAGACGCGUUGAAAAGUCAAGGUAGGCCAGAGACGGUGGAUUUGACCCAAGCUCCGACAUCCCCCAAACCCAAAAAGCUGAAGCAGAUGAGGUUGCCUUUCACUCGGAUCCACACCAACCACGCUUCUGUGGCCGACCAUCCCGUGGCCGAAGGAGUGACCCAGCCAUCCGGAACCGAGUGCGAAAAGAAGCGCAAACAUUCCUCCGAUGGGGAGCCCACGCCUUCCAAGAAGGAAAAGCUGGACGGUGCCAAUGCCGUGGAAAUGAUGGAUAUUGCUCAUGACGACAAAACCUCACCCUCCUUGAAAAAGACUCCCCAGCGAAUUGCCCCUACCCCAAUUGGCUCUGAUGCAGUCAAGUGUAAGUCGCCCACGGUCAAGAAACGAAUCACACCCACCCCUGUUCAGAACCAGGCUCAAGACCAAGUGAACUCGCCGAAAGUGAGGAAAACUCCCAAGGAGGCCAAGACUAAAAAACUAACCCCGAAAGAGACCAAGACCAAACAGAUCCCUAAGCGAAUUCAACCCACUCUUUUAACCAAUCUAAAGAUCAAGUCUCCCACAACUUCUACCUCAAACGAUUGGACGGCAGCCACUUCCACAGAAAAGGAGUUGAAGGGCCCUGUUUCGCCUUCUCCCACGACUGGUAAAAACGCAUCUGAUACGCCCGAUGGCUCCACCCCAAAAUCUUGCCCGCAGGAAGUACCUUGCAGUCCAUCUGUGAUUGAAGAAUAUAAGCGCAAGAUUCAAGUAGCCAUAGCCAAACUAAGUGUGGAGACUAACGAGCUUAAUGAAGCCAUGGAUCAAGCUGCGGCCGAUAAAGAGUUCAUUAAAGCUGCCAAUAUCAAGAUCCAGGUGGACCAAAUCACCGUCAAGAAAGACGGCUGGCAGUCUGCUUUUGAUGAGGCAAAGGAUGAUGGAGGGAAGCUAGGCCAACUCUUAAAGACCAUCAAGUCGCCAGAUGAUGCUAAUGGCCAACUCAAAGUGACAGCCGAACCUGCCAAAGAUUUCCAAACUCCGAAGCGCAAGAAGGCGAUUCAAGUCAAACCGCCAGGUUCGGGAGGUCCGAGUCCAGGAUCCGCCAAGAAGCUGACCCCAAAGCAAGAAGCUAAGAAGUUGGAAAUUCAAAAGAAGAAGGAAGAAAAAGAGCAGGAACGGCUGGAAAAAGAAAGAUUGAAAGAGGAGGAGAGAGUAAAGAAAGAAGAACAACGGUUGGAGAAAGAACGCGCCAAGGAAGAGGAAAGAUUGAAGAAGGAAGAACAGAGAUUGGAAAAGAUCAAAGCGAAGAAAGAAAAAGAAGAAAUGAAGGAACGCCUUAAGCGGGAAAAAGAGGAAGAGAAGAAACAAAAGGAAUUGGAGCGGCAACAGAAGGAGGAUGCCAAGCAAGCCGAGAUUUUGGAAAAGCAACGGAAAGAGGAAGAGAAGAAGAAACACGAAGAGUCUGAAAAAAUCAGACUUCAAAAAGCAGCUCAAUCGUUUAGUAGUUUCUUUAUCAAGAAGACCUCUCUUGACUCUCCCGAAGAGAAAGAAACACCCAAGAGCGUUGUUCCAGAGCAUCUCAAUUUGUUCCGGGUCAAGAAGGACAUGAGGCUGGCUCCCGUUGCCAGGAAACGACUGGAUCCGGAAGCCAAGACGAACUUGGACCAACUCCGCGAUAGAGAUUUGGCCCAAUGUGAACUCUAUUUGAAACGCCUCGGCGCCAAUGACUACCAAAUUGGGAAAUCUGGAAGAACUUGGCCUUUGGGGGAAAGGAAAAAACCUGGUAACGACGAUGAUGACGUGGAGGUCAUCGACGACGAAGAUGACGAAGAUAUCGAAGACAAUCUUCUUAACGAGAACGAUGAUAAGUCCGAGGAGGACGAAGCCGCUCAAUUAGCGAAAUCCAAAAUCAAAGCCAAAUUGCUCCAAUUCGAUGAUAACCUCAGACCAGCUUAUUGGGGAACAUGGUCCAAAACCUCCAACGUCGUGGGGCCGCGACGACCUUUUGCGCAAGAUUCAGGUCUACUUGACUACGAGUAUGAUUCAGGGGAUGAUUGGGAAGAAGAGGAACCUGGAGAGUCACUCUCCGACGCCGAGAAUGACAAAGAGGACGAUGACGACGAUGAUGGAGAAAUAGCUGAUGAGGACGAGGAUGACGGCUUCUUCGUAGGUCACGGAGUCCUAGACAAAGAUGAAAUCCAUAACGAGGAUGAUGAUGAUGAAGAGUCGGAGGACAAAAGCGACCAAGCAUCAGCUGAAGAAGGCGCUAGCACUUCCGGCAAAUGUGGCUUGAGCUUCGAUGAAGAGUGGGAAAUGAAGAAGCAAAAGCUCCGUGAGCAAGAAUUCGAAAGAGAGUACUUCAGCAAGAAGAAGCCCGUCAAACUGAAGCCCAGGGUAUUUGGCUGCAUGUGGAUGGAUGACAAUCAAAAUUCUCUGGUCUACGAGCAACUGAUGAAAAUCCUCCAACCCUUCAAAGUUGUAUCCCUGUGCCCAUGUCCCAUUCCCACCAUGUGUUCGUCGCCUAAGCCAUCUCCGUCCGAGACGAAUACGCCCAAUAGUGUCCGGAACGCCUCCGACACGCCCUUGACCACUGGCAAAGUUAAGCGCAUGUUCCCCGAUGAGGCCUAUCCGGAUCUGGUGCGAUUAGUCCAUGCCAAUACGAAUGGCAAGUUCUUCUUGGCCAAAGAGUUCUCAGAGUUCUGGACUCGUAGAAGUAACCGAUCAACUGGCAAGGCUCCGGAGAAAGUCCCAGCCUCGACUAGUACACCUGGUACCCCAUCCGUGAAUUCUGGUGAGAUUUCCAAGAGAAAGAUUCUCGAAACCAUCACCGAGAUUGCUGAUUAUAAGAAACUCCCCAAUCCCGGACCCAUGCAAAAUCGCAUGUGUUGGGUAGUCAAAGAGGACGUACUGAGCAAAUUUGAGCUCGAGUCCCUACCAAUCCCCAACGAUUGGUCAUACAUCCUUGAGCAACCUAACAAAUUCGAAGGCCCUAAAUCGGCAGCCAAAUCGAGCUCAAAUAGUGCUUCUUUAAGCACUCCCAGUAAACCUGGUAAUGACAUGGCGAAGAAAUCCAUUCAGUCCAAGUUUUUCACACUUGUUCCUAAAAAGAAACCCACGACUCAACCCGCCGAUACUGUCGCUUCCAAGCCUGAGGCAGAAGCUCCAAUGGAGGUGGUGGAGGCCAUCGUAGAAGAGAACAAGGAUGCACCUAAAUCUCAAUCCAACGUGUAAUGAAACCCGAACCGAUAAUAUGGUAAAAAUUAACUAGUUCGCAAUAAUCUGUAUGACAAUUGAAGAGAACAUGAGCUCAUGUUACUUUCUUGGGUGAUUGGUAUUUCUUUAGUCCUUUAUUGUGUCGGGUAGCAUCUCGAAUGAAAUGCCCACAUCGUCUUGAGUUUCUGGUAAAUGAAAUGCACAUUGAUUGAAAAAUA